UCCUCAAAUAACCACUUCAUUCGUGACUCUCUGACUGUCUACAAAUUACACUGGACAUCCACUAUGUCUGCCACUGCCGCUCCAUUGGGCACAGACCCCAGCCAUGAUCGGCAGAGCGGCAACAUUAAUGGCAUUGGAGAGCCAUUAAGUCCUGAAGGGCCGACAGAUAGUCAUAUUUUAUCUCAGGUCGAACAAGAUGAAAAAGGUCUUUCCCAACAAGCAGGAAUCACCUCAGAUAUCACGGAUCUUGGAUGGAAUCAGCCUUCUCACCAUUUUGACGAGGCCAUUGUCGCUGGAUUGUCGAAUGAAGACCUGUGGAUGCUCAUCAGACGAUUCGAUAAGCAAGUAUAUUGCGUCAAAGCGGCGCCAAAUGCCCCCCUUCAAAAACUUGACUUAACUCGAUCUUGCGAUGAGGAAUUUUCGCCGGAAAAACUAAGAACUACACUGGAGAGGUUUUAUACAACCGUCGUGAUCAGUCUGACAUGUUUCAUCAAGCAAAUUGCUCGCCUCAGAUCUUGGAAAGAAGCUCAACGAACUUCUAUAUUUUGUGCAGUCUACUCUGUGGCCUGGCUUUUGGAUCUUCUCAUCCCAGCAGCCUUUGCAGCUUUGCUUGCCUUGAUUGUUUAUCCUCCCUGUCGACCGAUUCUGUUUCCACCAGCGCCCAUAGCUCUUGUGGAUAAGAGCACUGGCGGGAUCCAGAAACCAAAGGCUGGUGUAUUGGGCUCCCACGAUAGCAUUACUGGCGCACCCGAGAACUUCAAAGGCGAGGCUGCUGAGCAAGAAGCCAGUAACCUUGUAUCCAGUGUCGCAACGGUUGCUGUGGGUAGCGCAGUCGGGAAAAACGACCAGGCUGUUCCAGAAGAUGCGCCCCUGGAAGAUGCCGUGCCGGAUGCUAUGGAUGUCGUUGCCAGUAGCGCAGAUGCUCAAAGUGCUGCAGCUGGAGCGAUACCUGCAGAUUCUCACGACAAGACCAGACAACCUAUGAAAGAGUCUGUAAUGGAUGCCGCUAAUAUGACCAUGCAGGUGAUUAACGACAUCACCGAUACAUAUGAGAAGUUGGGAAAUGCUUUGUCAGGAACACGACCGUUUCCACGACGUGCUCCUCAACUACGCUUAGCUUGUAUCGUUGCACCGUUAUGUCUCAUAUCGACAUUCGUAUCAAGCUACAUGUUCAUGAAAACCACUGGGUUCCUCUUUGGGUUCGCUUUCUUCGGAGAUCCCGUCAUUUGGCGCGCCAUUGCCUAUUUGAACCGAAAAAUUCCCAACUGGCAGAAACUACUGGAGUUGCAAAACUCGGUACUCAAAGGCAUUCCUACAAAUGCCCAGCUUACGCUUACUCUAUUGCGAAUUGGCGAAGCGAAUGCAUCACCUUUACCACCACCUCCAAAGUCCCAGGGCAAGCCCCCCUCUCGUCCGGCCUCACUCUAUCAUGAGGAGCUGACCCUAGAUGCUACGCCAGACGAAAUCACGAAAGCUGCCUCGCCAGAGCCAAAGAAACCAGAAAACACUUCUUCCGCAAUGCCUAAAAAGACCUGGGCAUCCAGAAUGAUCGGGUUCUUUCGUGGAACCACUGCUACUGGAGUGGAGAGUAAAAGAGGCGUCGACAAAGUCCGUGCAAUGGUUGGCUCCUCUCAGGCUGCCAAUCGGCUUGGAGUAUUGCGCCCAAAGGGCAAAGAAAUCUCGCCCAUCGGACCUACUCAAUUUGAAGCAAGAUAUAAAGGAAAGCGCGGAGCCGUUGUUAUUGAUUCCACCAAGGAACCUCCGUUGCUGUACUUUACGACUGACAUUCAGCAUGGCGAUACCAAGAUGGAAAGUCGAAAGAGCGGCUCCGUCCUGUUUACCAUGCCGGUGUCGGACGUCCAAGAGAUGAAGAAGCAGGGUGGGAUGGGCUGGAAGGGCAAAUUGGUUGUUGGAUGGGCCAUAGGAGGCAAGGAAGUUGUUGAUGGACUGCUUAUUGUGGGCAAAGAGCCCGGUCACUCCUAUCAGCUGACGGCUAUGGGAAUGAGGAAUCAGCUUUUCAAUAGGUUAAUUGCCAUCGAUAGUCAGGUUUGGGAGCGCUUUUGA